CUCUUAGGGAGCCCCAGGGGCCCCCAAAACCUUUAAUACCCCCUAUCCUGGGGGUAUAUAAAGAAGUCGUUUGCAUCAUCGCAGCAGUACGCUGCUGACAGACGCCAACAUUCAGGAAACCUCAACGGAGCAAGAAGCGAUAAAGAUGCCCACCAGUGCUCCCAGUACGAGAAUCAUGCCUGCAACCAGCAGACCUGGGACACAAUCCAAAGAUGCGGCUUCUCCUACAGAAAGCAUCCCAGACUACGAGCCAAAUAUCCCUGAGCCCACAUGCAGAGCUGAUCUUCUAAAAUACUGGAUCAACCUUUCCCUGGAUGACAAGACAGCCAAUAAGAUGCUGUGGAUCACAGAGGGUGGAUCCAAGGUGUCUCGCAUGACUGAUGAUGUCACUUGUCCCGUUCUGGACAGACCAGAGCGAUACGAGCAUGCCCCUCAGGUUCUUUGCAAAGAAGGCAUCCUGGGCUUCCGAGCUUACUGGGAAGUUAAAUAUUCAGGGUGGGCCGUUGUCGGAGUUGCUUAUGAAGGGGCAGGGAGGAGGGGAAACGACGGACCCUGCGGCCUGGGAGAGAAUGAGCAGUCCUGGGGUCUUGGGUGGGGUGGAUCCCACUACCAGCUGUGGUUCAAUAGCAUAACCACAGAAAUCUGGGAUAUUCCCCAGUGCACCACCAUCGGGGUGUACCUUGACCAUCCAGCUGGUGUCAUCAAUUUUUACGCAGUCGAAGAGGUGCAGGAGGGAGAGGGGGGCGAAAGCAGGAAGGAGAUCAGACUGCUGCAGAGGAUUAAGAGCUCUUUCGUGGGGAAAAUGUUGCCAGGUUUGUGGGUAGGACAAAAGUCCUCAUGCGUGCUUGUUAAACAAGAGGAGUAAAGUGAAAUGUGUGUGCUUUCCUUUUCCAUUUCUUACAUUUCCAUUCAAACUUCAUUACAAUACAUAUCCAUAACCAAAACAUAAGAUAUGUCACAGAUACUUUGGGAUAAUAGUAAUUAGAGAUGCAUAUGUCAUGUAUUCUAAAUUUUUGUAUAUAUAAAUACAUAGACAGGUGGCAAAUUAAAGAAAAAAACAACAAAAAAUUAGUGGAGAAACUGAAUACCCCCAACCAUAGAACACAAGGGGUCAGAUUUUGGACUGUCAGACAGUGCUCUUCACCACUAUCAUCAAAACACCAAAUGAGGGAAAGGGUUAGGGAAAACCUAUGCUCCAUCCCUCCAGUAGAGUUGAGAGACUUGAAGAAUCAGUAUUGAAGCUGUUUUGAUGUGGCCUAGUACCCUACUACAAUACCCUUUUCCUUUAAUUUGUCACCCAUCUGUACAUCUAUCAUGAAGCUGCUAUUUGUUUAAGUGUUUGUGUUUGCAUAACAUGUUUACUUUGUCAAAACUGAAUGUAGAAUAUUGAUUAUUAGUGGCAUAUAUAUGUAUAUAUGUUAUAGCGUUGUGUAUUAUAUUCUGGCAACAUCAGUAUAAUCUGCACUUUUUAAACAAAAUGCAUUAUUCUGUAUGUCAUCUAAAUUAAACUCCAUUUUAAGGAC